UGGAGGAAUCUCUGUUCUUUUAUCAUCGCUCUGUGUUUAUUCAGUAAAGGAGAGUUCCUUCAGUGUUGGAGAGUCAGGAUGAAGGUUGUUGGAUCUACCUGUACAUUGAAGUGUAAGAUGGGUGGAGAGGAUGUGGUGCGCUGCCUGUCUGAACAGAGUCUCUCCAUCUCCAAGUGCAAGCUGCCGCUGCUGGACGAACACAUGAGCGUCUUCCUGCAGGACAUGAACAGCUGCUACAGUAAGCUGAAGGAACUUGUGCCCACGCUGCCCACUAACAAGAAGGCCAGCAAGGUGGAGAUCCUGCAGCAUGUUAUUGACUACAUCUGGGAUCUGCAGGUGGAGCUGGACCAGGGCACGGCGGUGACAAGGACACCACUCACCACCCUCAACAACGACAUCAGCAGCAUCUCCAUGGAGAACGGUUGCUCAGAUGACAGAAUCCUGUGCCGCUGAAACCCAUGAACCAUCAACACUGCUGACCGGAAAACGUCCAGAACCGUGUGUGUGUGUGUGUGUGUGUGUGUGUGUGUGUGUGUGUGUGUGUGUGAGAGGUUCAUGCAGUCCUGCACGGUGUCUUGUCUGUGUUCAUGACACACUGCGUCACUUCACCGUGCCUUAAACAUUCCUGUUUGUAAUUAUUUUUCUAUAAAAACUCAGAACAGAUUUAUAUUUUGUUUAAAAGCAAAAAAGAACCAUUUCUCAGAUUUCUGAGUCCAGUCUGUAUUGUAUAUUACAAUGACCUGAUGUUUAUUACCAUGUGUUAUGGAAACGCUAUUAAUACAAAUAGUAUUUUGUGGAACUAAACAA